AGAGUGAGAAACGCAGCAGGAAGCCAAGAUGGAAGCUUCACAGAAACUGCAGCCUGGGACAGAGACACCCUCCUUGCUGAGAUCCUACAGGUGGCAGACAGUUCCACAAUCUGGGGAGAUGGAGCCAGACCCAAAUCUUGAUCAUCAUGGAUCUGAGACCAGCAAGCGCAGGGGCAAGCUGCAGAAAUGGAAGCGAGUCCAAAGUCAGCCAGAGAGUGACCUUCCUGUGCCUAGUCACGAGCAGCCUCCACCAGUGCCCCCGCAAGACAACCGAGUUGCUACCAAGAGGUCUGUCUUUCAGAGAGCUUUCACUACUCCUGCCAAGAUGUCCAAGGCCCAGGAGGGAAGUGGUAAAAUGAGCCUAAGGAAGUAUCUGCGCUCCAUGUCCAACCGAAAAAACCAGGAGGGUCCAGCCCGAUCAGAAAAGGAGGUGAAGGAGACCAGCAAAGCUGAUGAUUCUGCUGUCCAGUUGUCCAGACUGGCUCCUGGUGUAUCUUCUGAUGCUCCCCUCUGGGAUGUGGCCGAUGUGUCUCUGCUGGACCGGCAGUUGGUGGCCCUGGGCAGGGAUGAGGAGGAUCUUCUCCAGAACCGGAAACGGACCAGUAGUUCUGUUUCAGGUACAAGUUCAAUAUGCCUAUCAGAGAUGUCCACUGAUGGACGAAGUUUGCUGGACCCACAGGCCCCUGAGAAAAGGCACUUGCAGGAGGCUUCCUCUGGGACACAACUCAGCAAUGUGAAGGGCCUGCUGUGGAGACGUCUCAGAGACCGGAAGGGGCGAGUCCAAGCCAGGAUGGACUCCUCAGCUGGGCUUGCUGUGAAUGGCUACAGGGAGUCCCUGCCUGGUCCAUCUGUCCUUCUAGACUUGGCUAAUGAGAAAGAUGCCUUGAUCCGCCCACUUCACAGCAGCCUUCUGGGAGAGCGGUACUGCUUUGAGGUGCUCACUGCUAGGGGCCGGUGCUGCUUCCGAUGUACCUCUGCCCCUGAGAGGACCCGCUGGAUGGAGGACUUGCGCCGGCUUGUCCAGCCCAGCAUGGACAACUGUGAACGGGUCGAGCGUGCUCUGAGUCUUUGGGUGUAUGAAGCCCGGGACCUGCCUCCCAGGAAGCGUUUUCUCUGUGAGCUGCGGCUGGACGGGGCCCUGUAUGCCCGCAGCACAACCAAGCAAGCCAGCUGCACUGGAACCAUUUUCUGGGGGGAGCACUUUGACCUGAAGACUCUGCCCCCAGCCACGGAACUGCAAGUCUGCUUAGUGCAGGAGGAGGAGGGGCAGCGGCCAAAGGACGGCGCCGUUGCCAGCGUAGCCAUUCCUCUGAAGGAGCUGGCUGCGGUGCGCCAGCCCUUGGAGAAAUGGUAUCCCCUGGGCAGGGACAGGCCAAACGUGCCCACCCUAAGGCUGCGAGGACGCUGCUGCAACGUUCGCGUGCUGCCCAUUGUGCAAUACAAGGAGUUCGCCGAGUACCUCACCUUCCACUACCGGGAGCUGUGUGCUGGCUUGGAGCACAGCCUCAGUGCCAGGGACAAGGAGGAGUUGACGGGGGUCCUGGUGCGUGUGUUGCAAAGCACAGGCAAGGCCAAGGACUUCCUCAUUGACCUGGGCGUGGCAGAGCUGGACCGUUUUGAUGAGCGGGAAGCAUUGAUUUUCCGCGAGAACACACUUGCCACUAAGGCCAUUGAUGAAUAUAUGAAGCUUGUGGGAGGCCCGUACCUCCUGGCCACAUUGGGAGACAUUGUGGCCCGACCAUCCUCUUUGGAGGAUAGCUGUGAAGUGGACCCCAGCAAAUGUGCACCGUGUGACCUGGCUGACAACCGCAGCAACCUAAAGCAUAUCUGUGAAGAGGUCUUCCACCGGAUAGCUGCAUCCAGCAACUCCUUCCCCGCCGAGCUUAGUGAGAUCUUCACUGCCUGGCAGGAAGCCUGCCAGUUGCGGGGCAAGAUAGACAUUGGCCAGAGGCUCGUCUCCGCAUCCCUUUUUUUACGCUUCCUUUGUCCAGCCAUCAUGUCUCCUAGCCUCUUUGGCCUCACUCAAGAAUACCCAGAUGACACCACCUCCCGCACCCUCACCCUGGUGGCGAAGGUCAUCCAGAACCUGGCAAACUUUACCACGUUUGGGGAAAAGGAGGCCUACAUGAGCUUCAUGAAUGAGUUUCUGGAGCACAACUGGGGCACCAUGAAAUCUUUUGUCAGCAGCAUCUCAAGCCCUGGCAGUGCCCUCCACUUGGCUGCCUUUGAUGACUCCAUUGACCUCGCCCUGGAACUGUCCAUCCUGCACUCUCUGCUGUGCAAUAUCUUCUCCUCCCUGGAUGCUGGGACCUGGGAGAGACUGGAGCCUCUGCCAACGAUCCUCCGUGCCAUCCAAGAGGGGACACCAGUUCCUGUCUCAGUUCGACUUGAGCCCAGCAUCAAGGAGAGGAGACAGACAGAAAAUGAGAAACCAGGAUUUGUGCCACCACGGGAGCUGGACAAACACAGCCCUCUCAUCAAGAGCCAGUCCAUGAUCAGCAUCCAGAAGGGCAGAGGCAAGGAAGAGUCACUGACCCCUCUGCAGCCAGCCAAAGCCAGGAGCAAAGUGCAGCGGACCCAGAGUGUGCCCACUCAGAACAAAGCGGCUCGGCGACUUCACAAGCAGAGCAGCACAGAGCAUGUGGCCUCCCGCCAGGAGAGCAGCCCUCAGCGGUGCACUUCCCAUGAGUACGGGGGCAGCAGCAAAGUCUCCCAGGGAUCUUCAAACCUCCAUCCAUCUGCGUCGCUGCCCCGGAAACCCACUGUGCCCUGGUUGCGCUACUCUGAGGAGACCACUGCAGUGCAGAGUGGCCUGUAUGCCGUGGCGCCACUGGAAGAGUACGUGAGGCAGAUGGAAGAGCUGCAGGCUGAGCUGACCCGAAGCAGGGAGAAGCAGCAACUCUUGGAGGAACAGCUGGAGAGACAGAAUAUCCAGAAUCAAAUACUCUUGGAGGAGCAGACAAAGUUUCAGGAGCGGGAAACCACUCUCUGCAAGAAGCUGGAGGAGAUGGAAAACUGCCUUGUACAGCUAAAUAACAGGAUAUCAGGUGUGGAAGCUAGCUGGAAGAAGGAUCAUCAGAAGCUGCGGAUCAGUGAGGAAAAGACCAAAAACAUGGAGUGCCGCCUGUCCAGGAUGGAGGAGGGCCACGAUCAGCUGUUCCAUGCUGUCAGCCAAAUGCUGGGAUAUCGAGGAAAAACAUCCAAUUCACUGCAGCAACAGCUCUCAGGGCCCAUGUGGGUGAGCAGGGCUGAGAAUGGCCAUGAAACCUAGCUUAGGUUCCUUUGCAUCCCAGAAUGCAAAGCCAGCGCAUCCAUUGCAGACCCUGCAUACAACCCUCCUCUUGGAGAAAUGCUCUUCAUGGACAAAAGAGUCGCAAGUGUCUUGCAAGCCUCAGAUGAAACCAAAAUGCCCCUCUGUUGAUCAACCCUACUCCCUGGGGGUGGGGAGGGAAAGAUAGGACUAGUGUGCACUGGUGGGUCCUCUGGCUGACAGCUACACCACGAGUUUUGCCAUGCAACCUUCCCCUGCCUUUCUGCCUUGCACCUGUUUUAUUCCUACUACUUACUGUUCAGCACCACCCAGCUGCUGCUGCUGCUGCUUCCACCCCAUUGUGGCCUGAGAUCACAUCCCCUCACUCCCCAGUGAGUCGGGGUAUAUCAUUGGUGUAAUUUAUGAAGCAAAGGGAGAAUAGGAGAAGGAUGCUGAAUUCUCCCACAUCUUCCAUUUACUUCUCUGUCUUCUCCUGCCCAAGUGCCUUUUUCGCAGCUCAACCCAGUUCCUACACUGCAGUGUGGUGGAGGGAGGGGAAUUACUCUGGGGGAUGCACUGCAGGGAGAUCAGCUGCGGGCACUUAAAAGUGCCACAUUUCAUUCUUGAAGCCCUUUUAUUCUUUAGCUCAGAGCCCUCCUCUAAUGGCUACUGAUUCAAGAUGGAGGCAGAUCAAUAAAUAAAUACCCAAGUCUGCAGUCAUUUGAGACUGAGAAGUAUUCCAGCCGUAUUGGAUCCUCCUACUCCUCCUCACCAAGAAAAAUGCAUGGUAGUACCAAGCUGAGAGGUGGCUCAGAUUUACUUCCUGUGUAAACCUGAUUCGGAUUUCUUUGUUCUUAGAUUUACUUUCAGAGCCUGCCUUUUUUCAGUAGGUACCAGGCCAGUGAGAGGAAGCUAUGGGGGCAGUUGGGUUACAAAUAAGCAGUAUUCAGAGGCCCAUGCACUCAACAGGCAGAACUCCUGCCUGUUUUCCACCAACAAAUCAGCUGUUACUUUCUAGCCCUAAGUUCUGGUCAUAGAUGUAGAUGGACUUAGAAGACCCAAGUUCAAAGUUCCACCUGUGCCAUGGAUGGCUUUCCACUUGAUCCAGUGUAAGCUUACACAGAUAUUAAGUCCCACUGAACUGGAUGGAGCUCACUCCCAAAUAUUUCUGCUGAAAAUCCUGCACAAGCUGUCCUGACUGCAGAGCAGUUUCAGAGGGGGGCGUAGAGGAGUUUGUGGAACAAAACAACAAUAAGAUCAAACCUCAGUGGAGAAAGCAUAGACUUCAUUUUUAUACUAGGGGUUCUUUAGCACUGCUUUCCUGAGACUAGUAAAAUUGGAACUGGAAAUCUAAAUUCUAGAUUAGCACACCGCCACUUAAGGCAGUACUGUAUUCCCCAUGACAAUUCAGCAGUAUUCAUCCCCGUAACAAGGCUAAAGUGGUGGCACAUUCACUGUAGGACUGCAGCCUUCCAAGGAGAUUCUACUCAGAAGUAAGUCCCAUUAGAUCAAGGGAACUCAUUCUCUGGAAAGUGUGCACAGGGAAAGUUGCUGCCUUCACUCAAGUCUUUGGUAUGAUUCCUGUUGAUCCUGGCCAUUGAAACCAGCCCUUUUCCUGAACUAAUGUUGACUUUUUAACUGCUGUUUUCCUCUAUAGCCAUACCAGUCACACUGCCUGCAGUGAUUGUUUUUUAUGUUAUGUUUUCUUAGUGUUUUAGCAAAAAAUAAAAAUAAAAAUACCAGCUCCA